AGUGGCCUAAUGGAUAAGGCACUGGCCUCCUAAGCCAGGGAUUGUGGGUUCGAGUCCCAUCUGGGGUGAAAUUGUUUUGAUUCUCUGGUUUUAUACCCACAAAUAAUGUUAUUUUUACACUUCAUUUUACAUAUAUAUUCAUUUUGGAACGCAAGAUGAAAAAUGGAUGGAGCUAACAUCAUCGGCAGCCACCGUAAAGACAUCGCGAGGCAUUCCAAUCAUAUUUAUCUGCCGAGGAGAAUCACAGGGAAACCCCAGCUGACAUGGACACACGGAGCCUCACACUGUGCGCGCUGCUCUGCACUCUGGCUGUAUUAUUAGUGCAAACUCACCGCCUCAAAGAGGCCACCGUGUACUGGGACGCUGCCCAGAAGAGUGUCAUCCUGAAGGAGGAGGUGAUGGAGACCGACGGUGGAGCCUACGGCUACUUCAACGACACUCUGCUCCUCUCUGGAUGGGGCGUCCUGGAAAUACACGCAGGUUAUGGAGGAAGCCCUCAGGAAGAAGAGACCACAUACUUCCUGGCCGGGUACGUUGAAGGUUACCUCACUGCUGGGCAAAUGUUUACCCAUUACUCCAACAUGUACCCUCAGCUGAUAAAGGACGAGAACGUUUUGAAUCCCCUGACAAAGUUUCUGAGCUCUCAGGACCAGUGGGCGAGGGAGCAGGUGAAGCUCAGGAGAAACCAUGACCCCCUGUGGAAGCACCUGGGACUGAUCCUGGCCCAGCUGGACGGACUCCACGCUGGAGCCGCACAGUGGGCAAAGAACACACACACAGAGCCUCUGUCAGCGUUUGCGAUCCAGUUUCUGAACGGCGUUGGUGACCUCCUGGACCUGGUCCCAGCUCUGACACCUCGUGCCAGUUCCUCCACAGGCACAGGCGCUUUCAGGAUGCCAGGAAUGGGCCACUGCACUGCUCUCAUAAAGGUGCUACCAGGCUUUGAGAACCUGCUUUUGGGCCACUCCAGCUGGUACACAUAUGCAGCCACCAUGCGCAUCUACAAACACUGGGACUUCAAGGUGUCGGACUCACCACACACUGCCACUGCAAAGAUGUCGUUCAGCAGCUACCCCGGCUUCCUCAUGUCUCUGGAUGACUUCUACCUGCUCGGGAGCAGCCUGCUGAUGACUCAGACCUCCAUCGGCAUCUUCAACGCCUCCCUGUUCUCCCAGCUCAGUCCUCGCAGCCUGCUGGCGUGGCAGAGAGUGCGCCUGGCCAACAGCAUGGCACACAGCGGGGAGGAGUGGGCGCACGUUUUCUCCAAAUACAACUCAGGUACAUAUAACAGCCAGUACAUGGUGGUGGACCUGAGCAGAGUCUCUCUGGGUCACAGCAUCAGGGACGGAGCUCUAACCGUGGUCGAGCAGAUUCCUGGGAAAGUGAUGCACUCUGAUCAGACUCAGGCUUUACGCAGAGGUUACUGGCCAUCCUACAACAUACCCUUCCAUGUCGAAAUCUACUCCCUGAGCGGGUUUGGUGUGAUGUGGAAGAGAUAUGGAGUAGACUUCUCCUACGACCUCUGUCCCCGAGCCAAAAUCCUCCGCAGGGACCAGGCCAAGGUGUCUGACCUCAACUCCCUCAAGCACAUCAUGAGAUACAACAACUACAAGAGAGACCCCUACUCCAAGGGCCAUCCAUGUAAGACCAUCUGUUGCCGUGACGACCUGAGACCGAGGAGGCCACGCCCAGGAGGCUGCUAUGACACUAAGGUGACAGACUUCCAGAUGGCUCACCAACUGGCUGCCGAGGCAAUAAACGGCCCCACGACGCAGGGUGGUCUGCGGCCGUUCUCGUGGCAAUCCUUCAACCUCACAACACAUCAGGGUCUGCCACAGACCUACAAUUUCCCCUUUGUCACCAUGAGACCUGCACUGUACCGUCCCUAAGAACCAGAAAUGUCAUGUUUGCACUGUGUACAGUUUGUCUGAUUAAGGACGGAUAUCUGCAGAAAUAUGAUAUUUAGAAUGAUGUAUUUAUUUGUGUAUAAUCAACUGAAAUUAACAAAUGUAGUAUGUUUGUUACAUUUUGAAUGAUUCCUAUAUUUAUAGAUAUACUGUUUGUGUCACUCCACAGUCAGCUGGUUGCAAUCUGCCAGUUUACCACUAGAUUUCACUAAAUCUUAAACAUUGCACCUUUAAUGAUUCUGUGAAUGGGUAAAUAUAGACAUAAUGGGGACAAUCUGUUCAACUUAAUUUCCUUUCCAGUUUGAGUUUAACAUAAUUAGUGUUAUUACAUUACUUUGUGCCAAAACUGAUUGGCGCCAGUAUAAGGUACAAGGUACUUGUUAAUAAAUGACAUGCUGACCUA